ACCUAACAGUCUCACCUAACGGUCAUAUCUAACGGUCUUUCAAUUUUCUAUAUAUUCAGACAUCCUCUCUUCUUUCUCUACAAUUCAUUAUUACUUUUGAAAUUUGCUUCCAGUCUCACCAUCCUUUCUAUCAUCUUUAUCUCUCUAAAGACCAAACAAUGACAAGCAAGAGAGGAGAGGGUUGGAAAGUGGAGGAAGAUGUGAACUUGUGCAAUUCUUGGGUUAUGAUAUCAGAAGAUGGAGCUGUGGGCGCUAAUCAAAGACUCUCAAAGCUUUGGGAUAGAGUGGCGACGCAAUUUCAAGUGAAUGAUCCCACUACAACUCGUACUAUCAAAAGCAUGAGUAAUCGAAUGAGCCUCAUCACCAAAUUCUGCAAAUGUUGGAAUUCAGCUAUCCAAAGGGCAGAGAGGAAUCAACCAAGUGGCACGAAUCAACAAGAUGUGGUAUGAAUUCUCUGUCACCAUCACUGUUAUUUUCUAACUCAUUUAUUAGUAUGAAUUCUACUUUCUAACUCCUUUUUCAUCUCAUUCAUUAAUACGUAUAGGAGUAUAUGGCAGACCAGCUUUAUAAAAGUGAGACAGGAGAAAAGGGUUGGAAUUUUAGUCAUUGUUGGCGGAUUUUGAAAAAAUGUCAAAAAUUUCAUGCCCUGUUAACAAUGUCGUCUUCACAUCAAAGCCGCAUAAGUCAAGGUUCUGAUGGUUCUCCCAUGUGUCGUGGUUAUCAAUCAACCCCACCGACAAACCUCAAUGACACAGAAGGAGACGAAGAAACUCCACCCUUCGUAGGAGAAACUCCACCCUUCGUCGAAGAAACUCCACCCUUCGUCAUAUCUCGUCCUGCUGGACUCGACAAACAAAAGGCGGCUAAGAAGAAAGGAAAGGGGGUUGCUGAGCCAUCAGAGAGCUACACUGCUCAAUUGUUGGACUAUGGAAGCGGCACUAUUUCGGAACAACGUUGAUCUUCUUGAAAGGGAUUUGUCGAAGUUGACACCAAGAAAGAGGCAGUAUUACAAAACUCAGCAAAACAUUGUUCUAGGGUAUGAUCAAGAUGAUCCCAACUCUGUUCCCAACUACUCAUCUAACGCAAAUCAGACCGGGGGAGGAGAUGAGAGUGGAGGAGAUGAGAGUGGAGGAGGAGGUUAUGGGAAUUACUAUUCUCUGCUAGGCGAUUAUUGACAUGUUAUGUGUUUCAUCUUUAUCAUUUCAAGUGUUGUGUGUUAUCUUUAACCUUUAUCAUUAUCAAGUGUUGUGUGUAACCAAUCAGUUGUAUCAUUUGAACUAUUAUGUGAACUCUUUCAACUUUAUCAUUUUCAAGUGUUGUGUGUAAACUCUAAUUAGGUCAAUCAUUUUUUGCAAAAAAAAAAUUUGGUCUCGGAAUUCGGGUUAAUUGUAUGGUUGGUCACUAAGAUUACAAAAAAUGUUCAUAUUUGGUCACUGGAAAUAUUUAAAUCCAAUUUUGGUCACUCAAAUUUGUUAAAUGGUUCAAGUUUGGUCACUCUCCGUCCAACUCCGUUAAAUUUGUAUGAUGUGGCAGUCAACCCUCAAAGUUUACCGUUAACUCAGUGACGUGGCAAUUAAAAAAUAAUAAAUAAAAUAAAUUUAAAUCCCCUGUCAUUUUUAACUCAUUUUCACAAGAAAGUAAAAUAAAUAAAACAAAAAAAUUAUUAUAGUUACAAAUUGAAAAAGAUGGCUUCCUCUUCCCCACCAUUCAUGGCCUCCAUCCAGUACUGAAAAUCCAAUCCCGUAGCUUCUCUUGUCCAAUCGGUCAAUCAAUCAAUCCCUCUCGAUCUCAGUCGAGAUCCGCCAUCUUCAUUCUCAUCCCUCUGUUACCGCUGGCUUUUAUCCCCACUCCUUGUGCGGUCUCAACUCUCAAUUCAGCCCCCUAGGGUUUUGCUUUCGUAUUCAUGUCUUUUCUUCAUUCUUGGAUUUUACUAGGGAAGCUUCUAGUUCUCUGCUAGCUUGGUAGAUCUGAAUUGAUUCUUUGUUCCCUCGUUUACUUUAUUCGUUACUGUUAUCGGGUUCGAAGUUGCUUUGCGCCAUAGCGUUUUGAGAUCUCUGCUCGUCUUUCGUAUUUGCGUCGGAGUAAACCGAAAUCCGGCAUGCUUAGGCUUCUUCGCUGGAAUUAGGGAGUUUCUCGGUGCUGAAAGUGGCAGGCUGAUUGUAUUGGACUUGUUGCAUAUAUAUAUAUGGCGGCAGGGAGAAAUGGAGGAUAGGGGUAGUGGUGGUAGGAUAAGGCAGAGGGAUGCUAAGGAUAGGGAGGCCAUGAAUGGUGAGGAUAAGCGCUCUCAGUCUACUGCGCGUCUUGGGGUCGGCUGCGCGUCUCUGCCUACUGCGCGUUGACGGAGUUGGAGGAAGGGGCGGGGUCGAGGGUGGAGGAGGUGCAGGUGAUUAUGGCCGGGGAGCGGCGGGGACGGCGACAGCGGGCGGAGCUAGGAUGGGAAUUGGAUGCUGGUUUGGUUGCGGGGAAGGCUUUUCAAUUUGUAAUUAUAAUAUUAUUUAUUUUAUUUAUUUUACUUUAUUGUGAAAAUGAGUUGAAAAUAGUAGAAAGUUAAAAUUUAUUUUAUUUAUUAUUUUUUAAUUGCCACGUCAUUGAGUUAACGGUCAACUUUGAGGGUAGACUGCCACAUCAGACAAAUUUAACGGAGAUGGACGGAGAGUGACCAAACUUGAACCAUUUAACUAAUUUGAGUGACCAAUAAUGAGUUUAAAUAUUU